AUGGUGCCAGCACGGAAAUCUAAAUUGGUGACUGCCUCUGCGAAAUACCGGUUGAAUUCAAUAACCAGAAGGAGGCAGCCAGGAGGAUUGGUAUGUUUGCUGGGAUCGAAGUGGAGCGAGGAUGAGCUUGUACAUUUUUAUGAGGCAUAUAGGAAGUUCGGUAAGGAUUGGGUGAAGGUGGCUGCUGCAGUUGGUCAUGGAAGAACCAAAGAGAUGGUGGAAACAUUGCACAGCAUGAAUGAGACAUAUUUAUCACUACCGGAGGGGGAGGAGGCAGCUACUCUUGGUGGCUUCAUAUCACACAUGACCGAUCGAUAUGAUUACUUCUUGGGAGAAGAUCCCACCGAAGAACAGGACCCAUCAGCCAAUUUCGUUGCAAAGGAUGGUAAUAUUGUACGAAAGACAGUUCCUGAGUCGAAUAGACGUUCGAAGGAAGGAGACUCUUCCCAAGUGUCUCAAACAUAUUUUAGGAGAGCAAGGAGGAUAAAAAUCAAGUUCAAUGGAAAAGUAUGUGGAACAACAGUUCAAGAGCAUGCUGAUGCUAUAGAGAUGAAAAGAGGCUCAGAAGUUCGCAGUGACGCGAUUGAGCUCUUCGAUGAGGAUCCGGAGGUUCUACAAAAACGUCUUUUUGGAGAGGAUGAAAGAAUAAGUAAUGCCUGCAAAGCAUUACUCCUGUUGUCAAGGGGGAAGCCACUGAAGACAGCAGAAACUGGAGAAUCUUCUGAACAGGUGAAAGAAAGAAACACUGCCAUGGCUGUUGAUGACAAGUCUUCUUUACCCGAAGCUGCAGAGCAGCACUGUUUAGGCGACAACGCCAAUGAUUUCUCUAGAGCGGAAAAGCUCCCUCAGCGAGCAAGAAGGCCAGCUGAGGAUUGUAUGGAACCCCUGGCUGAUUUGGCUCAGAUGAUAGAUUCUGCUGUCUCAAGCUCGAGAAGGAAUUCCCGCCAGCUCAGGGGGCAGAAGGCGAGGAGAGGGAGCAGCAGCCAGAAUGAUGAAAGAAUUAGUAACGCCUCUGAAGCAUUACUCCUGUUGUCAAGGGGGGAGCCACCGAAGACAGCAGAAACUGGAGAAUCUUCUGAACAGGUGACAGAAAGAAACACUGCCAUGGCUGUUGAUGACAAGUCUUGUUUACCCGAAGCUGCAGAGCAGCACUCUUUAGGCGAUAACGUCAAUGAUUUCUCUAGGGCCGAAGAGCUCCCUCAGCGAGCAAGAAGGCCAGUUGAGGUAAGCUGA